CCAGCUUGGAAUGCUUGGGGGCUCCAGGUGAUUCAGACUGUGACUCAGAGUGUUUUCUUCGACGGUUUUCCCUCUUCGAUCCACCUUCACAACCUUCAAAACCCCUUCGCUUGAGCAUCUCCCAUGGGCGGCUUCGAUGCCCAGAUUUGCGCGGCCUGCGGUCAACGGGACGCGCCGGCGCGCUGCAGCCGGUGCAGCACCUGGUUUUGCGGCCCCGAGUGCCAGCGCAAGGCCUGGCCGACGCACAAGCUCCUCUGCACGAAAGCGGUCCCAGGACCGCCCGGCUCCGCGGAAGGGCCGAAGACGAGGAGCUCGGCCUUCGAAUGGGGCGCCGACUCGGAGCGGCUGCUUUGGAGCGUGGAGAAGGUGGAGGAGUUGGAUGUGGAUCCGCAAAGAGUGUUGAGAGAGCUCAAGCCCGGAGCCACACAGUCAGACCUGUUGGAUGCCUUAGGAACAGCCUUGGGCUCUUCCUCUCAGCAACCAGAGGUGAAGAAAGCUGCAGAACUCUUAUGGCAGCGAUGUGGUUGGGAGCCUCACGCGCGCGAGAGGCACGACUACAGUCUGCUGCAUGCCAUCCCCAACACCUCACCCACGACGCACGACUGGCAGGUCACACGAGCACCGCCGGCGCCAGAGGAGGCGAAACAACGGCCGCCUUCGGGUUCCCGCCACGAGCCUUUGUUGCUGGGAGGGUCAUGUCCCAUCAUCGAUGCCAAAGGCGGAUUCUCCUCGGAGGUGAAGAGCCAACUGGCGGAGUUCUUGAAUCCCAGAGCACCGCGCCCAUGCAUCAUCAAGAAUCUUCCGAUUUUUGACAGAGCAGUGGAGAAGUGGAGUGUUGACUAUCUUAAGGAGCAUAUGGGUGACCAGUUGUACCACACCUUUGCAUCCACGCAGGAGGACCGGCGUUUCGCCUAUUCCUUUGACUGCCGAAAUGAGGGUGGCUACAGGCCUGCGCGCAUCGCCGAGGCCUGCAAGAUGACCUUCAAGGACUUCGUGAAACAGCAACAAUGUGAAGAUGGCAAGGCCUACUACUUACAGACUCCCGUGCUCCGCUACGAGGAUGGCAUUGUGACCUCUGCCAAGUUCGACGAACAGCUGGAGGCCGACCUUCACACCAUGAACCGGCGCCUGGUGAACGAGAUGGCCCAGAUGGGCUCCUUUGGGGAGCUCUCACGGAAUCAACUCUUUGUGAGCUUCAAGGACUUCUUGACGGCGUCGCAUUACGACCAGCAACACAACUUAUAUUUGCAGCUGCGCGGAUCCAAGAAGUUCCUUCUCUUCGACGUGACCUGUGCACCGGCCUUGUACACCUAUCCCGUGCACCACUCCUUAGAUCGCAAGGCGCGUGUCGACUUGGAAUCGUUGGAUCCGAACCAGCUGGAGCAAUGGCCUCGUGCGAAGGCCCUGGCAGGAAGGGGCAUUGAAGCCGUGCUGAGUCAGGGAGAUGUACUUUUUUUGCCCAUGAGCUGGUUUCAUCACGUGCACAGCCUGGGUGAGGAGAAUGUCUCCUUGAACUAUUGGUUUUACGAUUCAGGCAAGCUCUUUGAGCCUUCAAAGGUUCAGUGGCCACUGAGCAUGAUCUCACUGUUGGAGCUGUCCAGACAUGUGGAAUAUUUGGUGGCUGAGCAGUUGGGCCCCAGCCUAGUGGGUCACUUCAUCUCCUGGUGGCGCGGCACCGGCGCCGGUCCAGCCGACCCCUUGCUGCGGGACCGGUGGCGCGUCGUGCGGAAUUACCUGCUGCGGCAGCUGCGGAAGCUCCAGAGCCCGGCAGAGGACUUCGUCUUGGCCAUGUUGGACGCACGUCGCUGGAAGGGCUUGGAGCAGUUGGAGCCCCUGGCCUCGGGCGCGAGCCAGGGGCUGCGGGACCAGCACCACGUCAGCGAACUGCUGGGCGACUUGAAGGAGUUGGCCUUAGGAGUCUUUCAUUGUCGCAUGCCUGCGUGGGCCUACAGAGUCUUGGGCAGAGCUAUUGAGAAGAUCGAGCGCGAGAAGCUCCGAUUCUUCUUGGAAUGUGCCGAGGAGGUCUUGGGCUUGUUGCGGGACCACACUGACUGGGGCGCUGGAGCCCCACCAAAGCGCAUCUUGUUCAACAAGGACGAAGCUCGCAAAGCCCCUGCGGCCAUUCUUCGUACCUUGGGUGAACUCAGCGAUCUGGCAGAAGCUCAGGAAGUCCGUGUGACCACCGUGGACAACGGUUUCUUCGCGAAUUGGCUGCAGGUCUUGGAUGCGGCCUUUUUCAAGGACGAAACCGCCUCGCUGGAACCGGAUUGGGUCGUCACUGGCCAGGAGCGCGAGUUCAACUAUGGCUCCCCGGGCACCGACGUCUUCCACGGCCUCUUCCAAGACCUUGGAUCGCGCAGCUCUCCCAAGCCGAGCCAUCCGAGCGCUCCAGCCACGUCCGCCCAGACCACUCCUGGCGCUGUGACGCAUCGCUUCGAUGUGACGCAUCGCUUCAACUUUUUGCUCAUCAACGUCUUCCGCGGCCACUUCCUCCGCGGCGCUCCGGCCGCGGCCGCGCGCCGCCGGUCGCGCUACGCGGAGGUCGCGCGGCGCACCUUCCGGCCGCGGCCAGAGCUGCUGGCGCGGCGCGACGCGGUGCUGGCGCGCAGAGCUCCAGGAGCUCCGCUGAUUGGCGUCCACAAGCGGGUGGACAACCCGGGCACUGCCCGGAUGCAGCUGGAGCAACGCAUGCUUCAAACCGAGUCGUACAUCGCAGCGGUGCAACAGGUGAUGUCGCAAUAUGCGACGUCCAACGGCGGCUGCGAGCCGAUGGUCCUGUUGGCCAGCGACGAUGACCAGGCCGUGGCGGCCUUCCAGGACUCCUUCGGUGAUCGACUUCUGUGUCGUGAAGCGGUCAAGAGGAGCCAGGGUGGCAUCAAUGAACGAAAGCUUCCACGUGAGGUGCAUGGACAAGAAGAGAGGUUGAGCCUGGAAGAUGCUCAGGAUUGUUUGAUUGAUGCACUGUUGCUGGCUGAAUGCGAUGCAUUUGUCCAUGCGGACUCCAACUUGACCAUUGCAGUUGGCAUCAUGAAUCCUCAUUCCUCAGCCUUUCACGUGCGUGAUCUCGUCGAUGGCUCUGAAGCGGGAGUUUGGCCUGGCUAUAAGCGCUGCGGCCUGCCGUUCUGACCGGAA